CGCCGCUCUAACUCUUCAUUCUGCUACGCUUCUGUUUUCUCGGAAGCGUAGAUCUCUCCAUCUCUCUUCCUCUUUCUCGCUCUCUUAUUUAUAGCACAAACACCUGUAACUCAAUUUGUAAUCACUAAUUUUAGAGAGAGAAAGCAGGAAGUUUGUAUCCGGUGAAGGGAUUCUUUUUGUUCUCGCCUAAAAGACGCCGUGCGAUUAUUCUACACUGCAGCUUUCAAAUGGGAACUGCCGCAGCUGGUAUACAAUAUGCUCCUGAGGACUCCACCCUCCCAAAACCAUGGAAAGGACUAGUUGACGAGAAGACUGGAUAUCUUUACUUCUGGAAUCCGGAGACAAAUGUAACCCAAUAUGAGAAACCUGUUGCCUCUGUACCAUUUCACAAAUUUGUGAGUUCCUCAGUUCAAAAGUCGCCCCAAGCAGUACGCCGUGACAAUAAUGAUGACGAUAAAUCAAAGAUUCUUUCUGGAGCUGGAACUUAUGAGACUGCUAGAAGCAGAACAGAUUAUUCACAGGGUCAUGUGGUUGUUCACCCCAGUGUUGGAAAUGGAACGUAUGCUCCCAAAGGCGCGGAAAAUAGUUUGUCUGCCGAGUCUUAUCGUCGACAGCAUGAAAUUUCUGUAACUGGAGAUAAUGUCCCUCAACCUUUCAGCUCAUUUGAAGCCACCGGUUUUCCUCCAGAUAUUCUCAGGGAGGUGCAAACUGCUGGAUUUUCUGCUCCUACUCCUAUACAGGCGCAAUCUUGGCCAAUUGCUAUAAACGGUCGGGAUAUAGUAGCUAUUGCCAAGACUGGCUCCGGAAAGACCUUGGGUUAUUUAAUUCCUGGCUUUCUUCAUCUUAAAGAAAGACGUAGUAAUCCAAAGUUAGGUCCAACAGUUUUGGUGCUGUCUCCAACAAGAGAGUUGGCUACUCAGAUACAAGCUGAAGCUGUCAAAUUUGGAAGGUCAUCGAGGAUAUCAUGCACGUGCUUAUACGGAGGUGCUCCAAAAGGCCCUCAGUUGAGAGACCUAGAUAGAGGUGUAGAUAUUGUAGUGGCUACUCCUGGUAGAUUGAAUGAUAUUCUGGAGAUGAGAAGAAUAAGUCUCCAUCAAAUCUCAUACUUGGUGUUGGACGAGGCAGACAGAAUGCUGGACAUGGGUUUUGAACCCCAGAUUAGGAAAAUUGUGAAGGAGAUACCCUCUCGCAGGCAAACGCUAAUGUACACAGCAACAUGGCCAAAGGAGGUGCGCAGAAUUGCUGCCGAUUUACUGGUUAACCCUGUUCAGGUUAAUAUUGGAAAUGUUGAUGCGCUUGAAGCUAACAAGGCUAUAACACAGCAUAUUGAAGUUUUGUCACCGAUGGAUAAGCGGAGGCGCCUGGAACAGAUAUUGAGGUCUCAAGAACCAGGAUCCAAGAUAAUUAUUUUCUGCUCCACAAAGAAAAUGUGUGACCAACUCUCUGGUAACUUAAGUCGUCAAUUUGGAGCGGCUGCUAUUCACGGAGACAAAUCUCAGGGUGAGAGGGAUUACGUGUUGAAUCAGUUUCGCACUGGAAGGUCCCCAGUGCUUGUAGCCACUGAUGUUGCUGCUCGUGGUCUUGACAUCAAGGAUAUAAGGGUGGUUGUGAAUUAUGAUUUUCCAAAUGGAGUAGAGGACUACGUCCACAGAAUUGGAAGAACUGGGCGAGCUGGUGCCACUGGAGAGGCUUACACAUUUUUCGGUGACCAAGACUCUAAGCAUGCAUCUGAGCUUGUCAAACUUUUGGAAGGAGCCAAUCAAAUUGUACCCAAUGAACUCCGUAGCAUGGUGUCUCGUGGUGGCGGAAUGGGAAGGGGGAAACGUCAGUGGGGGGGCCCACCUGGAGGUAGUGGUGGACGGUACAAUUCUUCAUACGGUGCAAGAAACGGGGGAGGGAGUAACUGGGGACCUCCCUCAUCUUAUGGAAGCAACGGCAGCACAAAUGGCAAUGGAAGCUUCCAUAGUAAGAGCUUCAGUGAGAACAGAGGUAGAAGUCGCAGCAGAAGCCCUAAGAAGGUUUCUGGAUGGAAACCUCGCAGCCGUAGCCGUAGCAUUGAGAGAUUCGGUUAAUUGUGACAUUAUAAUUUUAUUUAAAACUUUAUUUCUGAGCAUUCAUAUAAAACCGAUUUGCAUUUGUUCAGUAUACCUUGUGACAUUUAGCUGCCGAUGGGACUGGGGUAUUCAUAUAUUUAUUUUUUUUAUAUAAUUUUCAUGUAGUAAUUUUUAGGCUGAUCAGUUUUGGCCAUACAAUGUGUUCUGUAUUGAUACUAAUAGACUUGUACUAUUGGAACAGUUAUAUUUUUAUUCCAAUUGUUUUACUUAUU